UCAUCAUCCCGUGUGUCAUCUUGAACCAUAUUAUAACCGCGGUACAUAAUACGGAAAUUUUGUUUAUUCGCUUGGAUUUGAUUAUAGUUCCUAAUUGAACUUGAAAACAACUUCUAAGGAAAAUACUAGGUUUAUUUUUGUAUAGGUGUUUUCAAUGAAUAAAACGUAAUUUAAAAGUUGCUGUCGAGUAGUCGAGUAGAUCAAUGAAAAGAUGAUGAAAAUAGAUUUUAUUUUAGACAUGACAGAUGAUAGCUGAGCCGCUUUCCAGUGCUUUUGAAUUGAGACUUGUAUGCACGGGAGUGUGACGCUCCCGAACUGUUCUUUCAAAUGUGCACGGGAACGCGACGAUAAGCAAUGAAAAUGUAAAAAACACGUUUUGCCUUUAUUUUCAGAAGCAUUAUCAGACUAUUCAGUUGAUGCUUGAUGAUGCUUUAAGAAUGAUGGCGUAACACUUCGGACAUCUGCAUUUUUAUUGUAAAGCUUCUGGAUAAAUGUGUCGAAUUCAUAUUUUAGUGUAGACAUUAAAAAUUAUUUUCAAAGUGUCUCGCUAUAGAUGAAACCAACUAUACCCUAUUUCACGAGUAUCCAUCACGGUAUAAUGACAGCUGAUUAUCUAGUAAUAUCUCAAAAUUCUUCAUACCGGCACAGGACACAUAAUUCUGACGGAUCCGUCAACGUCAGGUAGACAUAGUCGUAUUUUGUUUUGUUUUUUUUUUGUACGCUACAUAUUCAUUUUGUACUCUUUUGUUCAGAAAAGUUCAUUUGCAUACAAAAAACAAAACGCUACAAACAAGUUUUACUAGAACUGCACCCGAUUCAUUAUUGCCAACGUGGCAGACUAACACGAAAAUGUCACUUGCUGAUCAGACGUCAAAGAGUGAUGGAUACUCGUGAAAUAGGGUAUAUACAGGCAGCUAUAAACCUGCAUUCUCUUGUGAUUUUUAUUAUUCAGGAACAUCUCAAAUGUACGUUGUGACUCUGGGUCAUAACAUUAUCAGUUUUUUUACCAUCAUCCACUGUCUGGUAUUGGCUUAAUGUGAGUUUAAUGCAACAAACAAAUACGGUGAAAAACAUAACAUAAAAAUCUUGAAACAUUGUCAUUUUCGUUAUCCCCGCUAUAUCGGGGCGUAUAACACCGAACAAAAAGCUGGUGCAUGAGGGGGCAGGGAUUUCAGAAAUGAGUAGCUCAGGUCCUCAGGUGCAUGAUACUCUAGACUAGAGCACUGGAAUGGUAUUGACAGGAUGACAGGUGGUAGCUCCGACUUCCGAGUAACACAAAUGAGGCACUGGAAAGCGGCUCUGGACAUCAUGACAAUAAUGUGAUGACAACCACAAAACAUGACAACACCGCAGUGUUUAUCAUUACUUUAUUACUUAUCAUUUUUAAACUUUCACCCUUCAACAUUUCAAUAAUCACCUUCAAUUUUUGUACUGUUACCAAGAUCAACAGGUUGCUGACUCUAUUGUCAGUAAUAUUUUAUGUUUAAGUAAAAAAUACCGAAAUGGUUGACGUUGUGGUGUUGAAUACCAAAGAACAAGUAAUAUCCAAGUUAUGUGAGGUUAUAGAAUCCUCGGCCAACGAAAACAUAGAGAUAAAUGGAGUUUUCAAUAUUGGUUUUUCCGGUAAGAAAUUACUCAUUCCCUAAGUGAUUUUAUAUAGCAAAGGAAUGAUCGCAAACGAAACGCUCUAAACUCCUAAACUACAGUGGUAUAAUUUGUGCUCCGAAUUUCAAAAAGUCGUAGAAACCACUAAUUUUGACAAACUACUUUGGACUUGCUGUAAAAGCAAUAAUAAUUGAUAAUUAUGUUUUGUUUGUCAGGGGGAUCUCUUGUAUCAUUCCUAGCUACAGGGCUACCGAACAUAAAGACUGACUUUAGCAAAUGGAGAAUAUUCUUCUGUGAUGAACGGGUAGUCCCAGAAGAUGACCCGGACUCUACUUAUGGAAGUUACAAGAAAAAUCUGUUAGACAGUGGAAAAGUCAGUUUGAAUCUUGAGCAGUUUAUCACAAUCAAGCAAGGUGUGGCUGCUGAUGAGGCUGCUGUCGAUUAUGCACAGAAGAUACUGAGAUGUUUCCCUGGAGUUGCUGAUGUUCCUGUUUUUGAUAUGUUGCUAUUAGGUAUGGGUCCAGAUGGCCAUACUUGUUCCCUAUUUCCUGGUCAUCCACUUUUAGACGAAAAAACUAAAUGGAUUGCGCCCAUAACAGAUUCUCCAAAACCACCACCAAGUAGAGUGACAAUGACCUUCCCUGUUUUGAAUCACGCGAAAAUGUGUGUUUUUGCUACUGCUGGCAAAGAAAAAGCUGAUAUGGUUAGGAGAAUUCUAGUGGAAAAAGAAGACUUACCAGCAGCUCAAGUGAAACCGGUCAAUGGGAAAGUCGUCUGGAUACUGGACAAGGACGCUGGAAUGCAUAUAAAAGCCUAACAAAUUGUUGAUAUUUUUUAUUUAUUUUAUAAAUACACUGCUACAGUAUAAUCAAUACCGCAUUAUUAAAAUAUUAAGUACAUCACA